CAAUUGCACAGUUUCAGUGAGCACCCAAACGCAGCUCUUUGUCCCCUUCAGCUGAAUCGGCUCUACAACGCGCCUCAGUUUGGUUCGUCCACAUUCAAUCCAAACCCCUAUCCUUCAAUUCUCCAGAGAAAGAAAGGAGAGUAUUGACGAUCGGGCAUGGGAGGAGGUGAACAUGCACACGGAGAUGGGGCCCACGGAGACUUCAGGGCCAAGGUGUGGAGCAUGAGUGGGGGUCCGUACUGCAGGCCCAAGCACUGGAAGCGCAACACCGCCAUCGCCAUGGCCGGCAUCUUCCUUGUCUGCAUUCCUAUCGCCAUGAAAUCUGCCGAGCUCGAGCAACGGCCACAUAAUCCUGUGCGCCCUAUCCCAUCACAACUCUGGUGCAAGAACUUUGGAAACAAAGACUACUGAGUUUAUUUAGGACCGUCGGGUGAAAGCAGUACCAGCAGAGGUUGGGUAUCUAAAUCUUGCAGAACGCAAAUUAUUCCUUGUAUUGGAUGUUUGCAGAGAAUAUGAGCAGCCUUUUAACACAUGUUGUGUUCAUGUUUUCGUAAUCUUGAAUUUGUUAGUGAUUAUGUGAGUUAUUAUUCACUAUGCUAUACUGUCAAUCUCCAAAAUAAAUUGUCUACCUCUGUGUCUAGCUUUUGUUAAUAAAGUAUUUGAAUUGGCCUUGGUUGA